GAGAGAAAAACAUUUGUGCACUUAUGAAGCUCAACUUCACAGUUCGACAGACCUGCCGUUUUCUUCAGGUUUUUACUUUCUCCGUUUGUGUGGCGUUUGUUAUUUUCCCGCGGAGAUGGAGAGCAGAUGUUAAGGCUCGUGUGCAGGAGCAGCAAUGUUGCAUGAAAAGAAGAUAGAAAGUUUCUCAUCGAGCUCUUAUGAGAGAGUCUGUUGGCGAGCGAUGCUCUACAGGCUUUAUUAAAGCUCAGAUCUUUAAAAAAAAAAGACACCCUGGAGCAAUCAAGCACUCAAUUUCCACUGAUAGUAAGCUUUUCUCAUCUCUUUCACUUGUUAGGGAAGCGCCUUUCCAGCAUUAAAGAUAUGAGCAGCUGGAUUAUGAUGGAAAGCUUUUUGUUGAGCAUCAAGCUGGCAUCCUGACUGCUUAGCCAUGGAGUGACACUUUAUCAGUCCAACAUGUGCAACAUAUGCCGAAAACUGCACAGACAGCAAUGAAUAUGCUAUGCAGAAGAUUGCAUGUUUGAGGGUGAGGUAGCAAAUAUAAUAAUUCUUUGCUCCAUUUUGCUACACCACGGAUAUCACAUGACUGUGACACUUUUGUUCACCUUUGAUUAAAAACACAACCUGUACUCUCAUCAGAUAUCAGCUACGAUUUCCAAGCUUGACAGUUUUACCCAGUUUGCUUUCAAUCUGCGGAGGAAACUAAUGUCUGCCAGUAGCACCUCUCCUCUGACCUUACCUAAACCCUUCGUCCACUCUCAGCAUCAGACUGCACCCCCAACCCCCUCUCCAUCACCCAGCCCUCCGGUGCCGCUCUGCGUCCGCGUCUCCAAUGGUAAUCACAGUGUCCCAAGCCCGACCAGCUCCAUCAAUGGAGUGUCCUUCCUCCUCCAGAUCGGACUCACCAGGGAGAUGGUCACCCUGGAUCCACAUGAUCUGUCACUCAGCUCUGUCAAGGAUUUGGUCUGCUCCAUAGUUGAUCAAAAGUUCCCAGAAUGUGGAUUUUUUGGCUUGUAUGAUAAGAUCUUGCUCUUCCGGCACGAUCUGAACUCAGACAACAUCCUCCAGCGGUUAACAUCAGCAGAGGAGAUCCAUGAGGGAGAUCUGAUAGAGGUCGUCCUGUCUGCUCAAGCUACAGUUGAAGAUUUCCAGAUCCGACCUCAUGCGCUGUACGUCCACUCCUACAAAGCGCCCACCUUCUGUGACUACUGUGGAGAGAUGCUGUGGGGGCUCGUCAGGCAAGGCCUCAAGUGUGAAGGAUGUGGCCUGAACUAUCACAAACGAUGUGCCUUUAAAAUCCCCAACAACUGUAGCGGUGUGAGGAAAAGACGUCUUUCAAAUGUGUCUCUUCCCGGUCCUUCACUGUCUGUGCCUCGUCCGGCACCAGCUGAACAUGCUGCCAGCAGCCUGGAGGAGCAGCGCCCUCAUCAGGAACCUGGAAAGCGAAUACCAUCAUGGAGCGGUCGACCAAUCUGGAUGGAGAAGAUGGUGCUGGGGAGGGUGAAGGUCCCGCACACCUUUGUCAUUCACACCUACACUCGUCCCACCAUCUGCCAGUAUUGCAAACGCCUCCUCAAAGGCCUUUUCCGGCAGGGCAUGCAGUGCAAAGACUGUAAAUUCAAUUGUCACAAGCGAUGUGCUUCAAAGGUACCAAAAGACUGUCUUGGAGUCUUCAAUGGAGAGCCGGCCAGUCCUGGUCCAGACUCUGACAGCACUAUGGAGGUGGACAGCAGUGAUGUGAACAGUGAUAGCGGCCGAGGACUGGAUGAUUCAGAGGAACCCACAACUCCCGAGGACAAGAUCUUCUUCAUGGACUCUCCUUUCAUGGACAGAGAGAAAGAUGAAGAACCUCUGAAGACAAUCAGUCCCUCCACAAGCACCAACAUCCCGCUGAUGCGUGUGGUUCAGUCAGUCAAACACACCAAACGCAGGAGCUCUACUGUGGAAGAAGGCUGGAUGGUGCACUACACCAGCAAAGACAACCUGAGAAAGAGACACUUCUGGAGACUGGAUAGCAAGUGUCUGACUCUGUUUCAGAACGACUCGGGAGCCAAAUAUUACAAAGAGAUUCCCCUGUCGGAGAUCCUGCAAGUGGAGGUGGCACGGGACUUUGGUAGUUUAGCGUUGGGUGGCAACCCACACUGCUUUGAGAUCAUCACUGCCACCAUGGUGUACUACGUGGGGGAAAACACUGGCGGACCCCACCUGCACAUCCACAGCCCUGCUCUUGCUUCCGGAGGAGUGGGGCUGGAGGUUGCUCAAAGCUGGGAAAGAGCCAUUCGCCAGGCCCUGAUGCCUGUUCCUGUCACACCACAGCCCAGCGUGGGCACAGCUGCAGGCCAUAGCAAAGAUCACAAGGAACUGUCCAUCAGCAUUUCUGUAUCAAACAGUCAAAUCCAGGAAAAUGUGGAUAUCAGCUCAAUCUAUCAGAUCUUUGCCGAUGAAGUGUUGGGCUCUGGACAAUUCGGCAUUGUUUACGGAGGAAAACACAGAAAAACAGGAAGAGAUGUGGCCAUCAAGGUCAUAGAUAAAAUGAGGUUCCCCACCAAACAAGAGAGCCAGCUGAGAAAUGAGGUGGCCAUUUUACAGAAUUUACACCAUCCCGGGAUAGUAAACCUGGAGUGUAUGUUCGAGACUCCAGAGCGAGUGUUUGUUGUGAUGGAGAAACUUCAUGGCGACAUGCUGGAGAUGAUCUUGUCCAGCGAGAAGAGCAAACUUCCAGAGCGCAUCACCAAGUUUCUGGUCACACAGAUCCUUGUGGCUUUGAGACACCUUCAUUUCAAGAAUAUUGUUCACUGUGACCUGAAGCCAGAAAAUGUGCUGUUGGCGUCUGCUGAGCCGUUUCCUCAGGUCAAACUAUGUGACUUUGGCUUUGCUCGGAUCAUCGGGGAGAAGUCUUUCCGGCGUUCAGUUGUGGGAACACCAGCAUAUUUAGCCCCGGAGGUGCUGCGCAGUAAAGGCUACAACCGUUCACUUGACAUGUGGUCAGUGGGAGUCAUUAUCUAUGUCAGUUUGAGUGGGACGUUCCCCUUCAAUGAGGACGAGGACAUUAAUGACCAAAUCCAGAAUGCAGCAUUCAUGUACCCGCCGACACCCUGGAAGGAAAUCUCUGCUGAAGCUACAGAUCUGAUCAACAAUCUUUUGCAAGUCAAGAUGAGGAAACGCUACAGUGUGGAUAAAACCCUCAGUCAUCCAUGGCUACAGGACUACCAAACAUGGCUGGAUCUGCGAGAGUUUGAAACACGGAGAGGUGAACGCUACAUUACUCAUGAGAGCGAUGAUGCACGCUGGGAGAAGUACGCUUAUGAGCACAGUCUGAUGUAUCCAAAGCACUUCAUUAUGGCACCAAACCUGGAUGAUAUGGAUGAGGACCCCUAGUGGACGUGAGCUGAACUCAGGUCAGAUGACCACAGAGAGCUGUUGACGGUCUGAUGCCGUUGAGACUCAAACACGAUGAAGCAGACUGAGAGGAUGGAAAGCUGAUUCAUGGCCAGCGAGCCUGACACUUUCUGGAUGUCAGUGAUGCUAAUGAAGAUGAGUGCAGACUCAAAGUGUGGAGGUUUCCAUUGGGAGCGUAUUCACAAGUAUUCAUGAUUGAUCUUUUCCAAACGGUGCUGUUAUGUUUUAUUUUUUAUCAAAGUGUACGUUCGGUAUGGCAGAAAGUUGGGUUACAUUACUACAAGGAUAUGAAUGACUUAAAAUGUAAAGGGGAGAGUGAUGCAAUUGUUUAUGUUUUUGCUCCUAGACUUUCAUUUUGAAAGCAUCAAACUGGAAAAUGCAUUUUUUAAUUGCUAUUCUUCUUUUAUUUUCUAAAUCGAUUUGCUACAACACAGGUUUUACAGCAGAUUGAAUGAUUCCAGAAGGCUUGGGGUUUUUUUGCACUAAACAAUGUGACUGCUGCAUCUGGUACAAUGAAGUGAGUUCUGUGAGGUGACAGCCAAGAGUUUGUGCUAGUGUUGGAUAAAACAAUUACUACAGUGUCUGAACUCUUCAUAAAGCCAGGAUGGGUUUGUCAGAUGUAAUGGGAGAUAUUAUCUUCAGUGGACCAAAGACAUUGGCGUCUGUCGUGACUCUUGUUCUGCUACAUAACUGUAGCCAUUGUCCUUACCAGCAGUCUUUACAGAGCCAUCUUUAUUUAUUCUUCAUACUGCAGUCUUAAAAUAAAAUAGCAACUGAAUAGUGCAUAUGUGUUAGUCAAAAGCCUACUGUGAGAAAGCUUUAUGACUUAAGUCACGUGUGCACUGUGACAUUUUUCAUUCUUCACGUUUAAUGCCUCGUGACUAAGCAAAGAGCCCAAAUGUGAGCAUGCAUACCAAUGAGCAAAACACCAGUCAUGAAAGUGUUUUUUAAAAAAAAAACACAUUGGGCUUAUUAUUUUGGUUUUAUGUGUCAUGUUAAAAAUUGUUCAGAGAUCAGUGAGAUCAGUGAUUUUGUUGUUUGCUGAAGUCAAGACAUUGUAACAGUAACACUUCUUGAUGGCUGGGGUAUUUUUGUUUUUUAUUAAGCGUCAUCUAAUGUCAGUGAGUGAUUUUGCAAAUUCACUCUGCUCAUUGCCAGUGAUAGUUACUAGGGUAUGAAUGCUAAAAAAUGUACCAAAAAAUGCUGAUGAUGAGCGUGAGGUAAAAUCAUCCUGGUGUGCACAAGCCUUUAGAAAGCUUUUUGAAUACAAACAUGUAUUUAAAGAAACGGCUAUUCAUUUUAGUUUGAUGAACAGUGUUAUAUUAUAUUCUAUUUUUAUUUUUCCCACUCUCUCUGUUUUUCUUUUUAUGUUUUGGUAUGUACUGUACUUUGUUCAGUGAACUUUGAAACAUUUAACUCUGAACUCCAGAACUGGAAAAUCUGAAAAAGAACAAUUUUUUAUAAUGGACUUUUUAUUGUAAAUUAUACCUACAAAAUUAAAAUAAAUCUAGAUGAAUUAGGUUUUUGAUUGUAGGUUGUACAUUGCACAUUUAUCCCUCUACACACAUGUUCGAUCAACAUUUGUUGGACAUACAAAUAUGGAGCCAGAUCAGUCUCAAAAAUAAUACAUUUACAAUUCACAAUUCACUUUUUACCAAAUUUUGUUUGUAAAUUCAAAACACAAUUCAUGAAUACAAAUCCAAUUCAUAAAUGUAAAACACAAUUCAUAAAUGUGCAAAUCCAAUUCGUAUAUUCAAAACACAAUUUAGAAAUGUAAAAAUCCAAUUUGCAUAUUCAAAACGCAAUUCAUAAAUAUGCAAAUCCAAUUCGUAAAUUCAAAACACAAUUUAAAAAUGCACAAAUCCAUUUCAUAAAUUCAAAACACAAUUCAUAAAUGUGCAAAUCCAAAUCGUAAAUUCAAAACACAAUUCAUAAACACAUAAAUCCAAUUUGUAUUUGCAAAGGACAAUUCAUAAAUGUGCAAAUCCAAUUCAUACAUUUAAAACACAAUUUAUAAAUGCCCAAAAAAUCCAAUUAAUAAAUUCAAAACACAAUUGAUAAAUGCAUAAAUCCAAUUCGUAAUUGCAAAGGACAAUUUAUAAAGUUGCAAAUCCAAUUCAUAAAUUUAAAACACUAUUCAUAAAUGCGCACAUCCAGUUUGAAAAUUCAAAGCACAAAUCAUAAAUGCGUAAAUCCAAUUAGGAAAUUCAAAACACAAUUCAUAAAUACGCAAGUCCAGUUCGUAAAUUCAAAUCACAAUUCAUAAAUGCAUAAAUCCAAUUUGUAAAUUGAAAAACACAAUUCAUAAAUAUGCAAAUCCAAAUCUUAAACUCAAAACAAUUCAUAAAACAUGCAAAUCCAAUUCGUAAAUUCAAAACGCAAUUCCUAAAUGCGCAAAUUCAAUUCAUAAAUUCAAAACGCAAUUGUGCAAAUGUGCAAAUCCAAUUCAUAAAUUCAAAACACAAUUCAUAAAUGUGCAAAUCCAAUCCGUAAUUUAAAAACACAAUUCAUAAAUGCCUAAAUCCAAUUCGUAAAUUCAAAACACAAAUCAUGAAUGUGCAAAUCCAAUUCGUAAAUUCAUAACACAAUUCAUAAAUGUGCAAAUCCAAACCAUAAAUUCAGAACACAAUUAAUAAACAUGCAAAUCCAAUUCAUACAUUUAAAACACAAUUCAUAAAUGCACAAAUCAAAUACAUAAAUUCAAAAUACAAUUCAUAAAUGUGCAAAUCAUUCAUUCAUUCUCUUUUCGGCUUAGUCUCUUUAUUAAUCUUGGGUCGCCACAGCAGAAUGAACCGCCAACUUAUCAAGCAUAUAUUUUACACAGCGUAUGCCGUUCCAGCUGCAACCCAUCACUGGGAAACAUUCAUACUCACUCAUUCACACGCAUACACUACCAACAAUUUAGCCUACCCAAUUCACCUAUACCGCAUGUCUUGUGAGGGAAACCGGAGCACCCGGAGGAAACCCAUGAACAUGGGGAGAAACCCAUGAACACGGGGAGAACAUGCAAACUCCACACAGAAACGCCAACUGACUGAGUUGACUGUGAAGCGAUUGUGCUACCCACUGCACCACCAUGCAGCCCAAAUGCGCAAAUUUAAUUAGUAAAUUAAAAACACAAUUCAUAAAUUUGCAAAUCUAUUUUGUAAAUUCAAAACACAAUUCAUAAAAAGGCAAAUCCAAUUAAUUUAAAGAAAUAUUUUAGAUUUUUACUUGUGAACUUAAAAAUUGUAUUUUGAAUUUACAAAUUGGAUUUGGUAAAUGUUAAUUAUGCUGUGCAUGUACAAGCUUUAUUUUGGUAAACAUAUUAUUUUUUUAGACUGAUCUGGCUCCAUACACAAACACUCUAGGUAAAAUGAACAAAUAUCAGGGUAAAAUAUGUUCUUUUUUUUUCUUUUCUUUUUUUUUUUAAUAGUUUAAAAAAAAAAUUAUCCCAACUCUCCAUGAAAGGAAAGCCAUUCCAUACGCAUACUGUACAUUUGGGACAAACAAAUCUCUAAAUCAUUACAUCACUAUGUUGCCGCUGGAUUGGCAAAUGUCAGUGUUCUGUAUAUUUCAGUAUGUCCUGAUUCAAUAAACUAUACACUCCA